AUGAGUAAAUUUAAUCAACAAGAAUCAUAUAAAUUCUUACAAGAAUCAUGGCAAGUUGCAACUUCAGAUAAGAAAAGAAUAUUGGUCAUUGAUGAAAAGUCACAUAAAUCAAACUUAACUACAACAUCGAUAUUCACAACCGAUCUCAAGAAAUCAUAUCAAGCAUACAAACAACAGAAUUCAGAGAAAAAAGAAAGUACACCUGCUUGGGCUUAA